CCCCAAACUGACUGUUGUUCUUUCUCCAAUUGUCGCUCCUCCUCCUUCCUUCCAGACGCAGAUUCAACCCCAAACGACAACAAACCCCAAAUGCUGCGUCUUGCGUCUGCUGUGCCCACGAUGAUGCGGCUCGCUCAGCCAGUCCGCGGGCUGGGCACGACGGCCACUGGCGCGACGGCCAACGCUGCGGCUGCUGCUGCUGCCACGCCGGCCCCUGCUGCUCCUGCUGCUGCUGCCCCUGCGCCGCCGCCGGCCCCUGCGGCCGUGGAGGUCUUUGUAAACGGCACUCCGGUCAAGGUCGCCCCGGGCACCACCAUCAUCCAGGCGUGCGAGGCCGUCGGCAUCGAAAUCCCGCGCUUCUGCUACCACGAGCGCCUCUCGAUCGCCGGCAACUGCCGCAUGUGCCUCGUCGAGGUCGAGAAGACCCCCAAGCCCGUCGCCUCCUGCGCCAUGCCCAUCAUGCCCGGCAUGCGCAUCAAGACCGAUUCCCCCAUGGUCAAGAAGGCUCGCGAGGGUGUCAUGGAGUUUUUGCUUGUCAACCAUCCUCUUGAUUGCCCCGUCUGCGACCAAGCUGGCGAGUGCGAUCUGCAAGACCAAUCGAUGGUGUUUGGCUCGGACAAGAGCCGCUUCACUGACAUCAGGUUCACGGGAAAGCGCGCAGUCGAGGACAAAAACCUCGGCCCGCUGGUCAAGACCUCGAUGAACCGCUGUAUUCUGUGCACGCGUUGCGUGCGCUUUGGCUCUGAGAUUGCCGGCGUGGACGAGCUCGGCACCACUGGCCGUGGCAACGACAUUCAAAUCGGCACCUAUGUCGAGAAAAUGUUCCGCUCGGAACUCUCGGGCAACAUUAUCGACCUCUGCCCCGUCGGCGCGCUCACCUCCAAGCCCUACGCCUUCACCGCUCGUCAGUGGGAGCUCCGCUGCACAGAGUCUAUCGACGUCAUGGACGCCAUUGGCAGCAACAUUCGCGUUGACGCCCGCGGUGGCGAGGUCAUGCGCAUCCUGCCUCGCAUGAACGACGAGGUCAACGAGGAGUGGCUGUCCGACCGCAGCCGCUUUGCCUACGACGGCCUCAAGCGCCAGCGCCUUGUCUCGCCCAUGGUUCGCCAAGCCAACGCCGACGGCUCCUCUUCGUUCGUUGCCACCAACUGGGAGGACACCCUCGCGCUCCUCGCCCUCCGUCUGCAGAAGGUCUCUGGCGCCAACAUGAGCGCGAUUGCCGGUCCGUUUGCCGAUGCCGAGUCGCUUGUGGCGCUGCGCGACCUCUUCCACCGCCUGAACGCGAACGAUCUGCGAACGGAGCAGGCCUUUGCCGGUAACACUGAUAUUCGCUCCAACUACCUGCUCAACACCCGGCUACAAGGUGCCGAGGACGCCGAUCUCGUCCUGGUGAUUGGCGCCAACCCCCGGUACGAGGCGCCCCUCUUCAACGCUCGUCUCCGCAAGGGCUUUGUCCAGAACGAGCUGCGCGUCGCCGUGGUCGGCGAGAAGCUCGACCUCAACUACGAGUACGAGCACCUCGGCAACACGAUCGAGACGCUCGAGCAGAUUGCCUCGGGUCGCCACGCCUUCUCGGCUCGCCUCGCCGCGGCCAAGAAGCCCAUGAUUGUCCUCGGCAGCUCGUCGCUCCAGGCCGACCAGGCCACCGCUGCCCAGCUCAUCGGCGCUGCCAGCCGCGUUGCUGGCCUUGCCAAGAGCGCCGCUGCUGACUGGAAGGUGUUUAACGUGCUGCACACGGCCGCCAGCCAGGGCGCUGCUCUCGACCUCGGCUACUCGCCAGUACCGCACACUGCCGCCUCGCUUCGCGACGUCAAGCUCCUCUACCUGCUCGGCGCUGACGACCACAACAUUACUCGCGACAAGCUCCCUGCGGACUGCAUUGUCGUCUAUCAGGGCCACCACGGCGACCGCGGCGCUCACCUCGCCGACAUUAUCCUGCCCGGCGCCGCCUACACGGAAAAGAACGGCACCUACGUCAACACGGAGGGCCGCGCACAGCUUGCCAAGCGCGCCGUCACCCCACCAGGCCUGGCGCGCGAGGACUGGAAGAUUAUCCGCGCCCUGUCCGAGGUUGCCGGCUACGAGCUCCCGUACGACUCGCUGUACGACGUUCGCCGAAGACUCGAGCAAGUGUCGCCCACCCUGACCCGAUACAACGUGGUCGAGCCCAGCGCCUUCUACGCCCUCGGCCAGCAGCAGCUUGCCGCCCUCAAGCCCGCGGCCGCCGCCGCAUCCUCCCGUCUUAGCCCCGGUAUCAGCUCUCUGCGCGACUUUUACAUGACUGAUGCCAUUUCACGAGCGUCCAAGACGAUGGCCAAGUGCGUCAAGUCUGUCGACACGAUGCCAUAAAGCUUUUGGUGUGUGUCUUGGUUUCUCGCCCACUUUUACGGAUUUUCUUGGUGUGGUGUUGUAGUGUGGUUUUUUUUUUAAAACUGUAGCUGUCGAAUUUGGAUGUAUGUGUUUGUUGAUCAUUUCUUGUAUCUGUCUGCGUAUGUGUGUGUGUCUGUGUCUGUGUGUGUUUUUGUGUUUUUGUGCCAUUCAACACAAAAUCAAAAGCCUUUUUUCUGACUCA